UUGGGCCCUAAAUAUACCUUACCUUCGAAAAACGCCGAGGAGGGUUUCCAUUUCUCUGUGGCCGUGAUCGUCGCCGUCAUUUGCACUCCCGUUCUCUAUUUCCGGCAUCUUGUUACGAUGUUUCUCACGAGAUUUAUCGGGAGGAGGUUCUUGGCGGCGGCUGCAUCAGCGAGAUCGGAGUCAACUACUGCAGCAGCUGCUGCUGCUUCGACUGCUAGGGUUGCUAAGAACCCUCUUGAAGAGUUCUUUGAGUUCGAUAGAAGCCAGGACGAAGACAAACCUGUUGUCUACGGUCGAGGAUGGAAAGCUUCAGAACUGCGGCUCAAGUCAUGGGAUGAUCUUCAGAAGCUCUGGUACGUUCUUCUCAAAGAGAAGAACAUGUUGAUGACUCAGCGUCAGAUGCUUCAAGCUCAGAACAUGAUGUUUCCUAACCCUGAACGCAUUCCCAAGGUGAGGAGAUCAAUGUGCCGGAUAAAGCAUGUGCUGACAGAGAGAGCGAUUGAAGAACCGGAUCCCAGAAGAUCAGCCGAGAUGAAGAGAAUGGUCAAUGCUAUGUGAUCCCCUUGGUGCUUGCUUCUUUUGUCAACCGAGCAGCAAGCUUUUGAGUCAGUUCGCGUUAGGGAGUAAGUAGUAACAAAUCGCAUUCAAGAAUAAUUGAUAUUUGUCCUUUGGAACUGGUCUAUUGGUUGUGUCUGGCAGUUGAAAAUGCUCGUUCGGUAGCUGUAUGCACUGUUUCUGUAAAACCAUGGUUGGUGUUUAUUUUCCUUCAGUGUUCGUUAUAAACCGCAAA